UACUUUCACAUGACUUCCACUGCGUGUGACUGACCCGCAUUCCUCAAGGGGCACUGUCAACUUCACUAGUUGCUUUACGUUUAUGAGAAAGAGCCGCUACGCCAACUUUAAGCAGACAACACUGUCCGUCAUUUGGCUUCUUUUGCGCAACAACAACAACAAAAGCGGUCAGCUUGCGGACUCCGUGUCGGAUCCGCCGCUGGUUUCUGUCAAAGUGCAUCUUCAGCCUGCAGGAGGAACCCCAUGGUCGAUCACCGAGGAUAACUUAUGGCUGAAGUCAAGCCGCCAGACUCCAGGAGGUGCAGUUACUUCUUCCUCUACGAUGGGUCAAAGGUCAGAGGAGAGGGGGACCCAACGAGGGAUGGCAUCUGCUACUUCUACCCGGAGGAGACCCCUCUGGACAAGCAGGACCUGCUCUGCGGUCAGCUGGCAGGCGUGGGCCGCUGCAUCUCUGAGCUCUCCUCCUCCUCUGUGCGCACCCUGAGGCUGCGGCGCUGCAAGUUUGCCAUCCGCAUGAAGGAGGACUUGUUCUGGGCCCUUGGCUGCUCAAUGGAGGUCCCUACUGUCAGUGUCAGGGAGCUGCUGGAUCAUCUCAUCGACCUCUUCUGUUUCUACAACGGCUCCGUUCGUCAGAGCUAUCAGCUCAACAGUAAGGAAAGUCUGGCUGCUGAGUGGGCGCGGUGCCUUGCCCACGUGCUGUCUGGACCCUCGGAGUUGCACUGUAUCUUCCAAAGCGUGAGAACCGUAGACCUCACCAACGUGGAUCCACUUCUCCUCCUCAAAGCUGCCCUCAUUCUUCAGGCAUGUCAGCGCUGCCCCCUGGUGUUAGCAGGCUGUGUUCUCUUUAGAGGAAGAGUUGUCAGCACACAGAUGCCUCCGCAGCUAACUACAAAGGUCAUGGUUCAUGAGAGUGACACAUACUCUAAGACCCAGAGGUCGAGUGGAGCGAGCACACCCAGCGCCGACGGCGGUCCUGUUAGCUCAACUGCCGUGUUCCUGACACCAUCCGAGCUUCAGUACCUGCAAGCUGCUCCUGUCGACAAAACCUCCCGGUCCCGCUUUACUCCAGAGAAAGAUGCUUCCCCAAAGAAGACCAGGCUUUCAAGAACUUUGUCGGACACGCCCUCCCUUGAGUCGGAGUCGUCUCGUCCUACAUCCUGUCAGUCCCCUGAGAAAGCGCCCUUCAGCCCGAGCAUGUCAGGAUCCGAAGACUCUGUGUUCAGUCCAGCUCCAUCCCAGAGUGCUGCCGGUUCCCCCUACCCCUCUCCUCUGUCACCCGUACGUCUUUUUUCAAAUGGAGGGAACUCUUAUGAGACUGUGGAGGGAGCGCUGGAUGAGUCCCACUAUCACAGUUUUUACAGCAGCGCAGACGGAGUCAGCCAGAUACACAGCGAAGGAGAUGGUUCGCCGUUCGAGGAGAACCUCUGUCUUAACGGAGGUGCCUCAGGUGGAGGUGCCACCUGCGGGACAACACCGGAGCCCCGAGGAGCCGACUGUGGGGGCGAUCCGUUGCGUGACGAUACGACGGCAGCAGGAGACGUCGGCGUCUGCAGCAGAAAGGCUGAAGGCCACAAGGCGGAGAUGAGACAGCCUCCUCCUGGUUCCUGUGCUUUUGACAGCUUGGAGGAGAGCCCUCUGAUCCCCAUGACGCUGUACACACACCGGGUCAACAGCCUGGUGCUGGCGCUGCUGGUGGAGCCUCGUUUCAUGAGUGACACUGCUUCUAUGGAGGAAGUGAAUCACAGCAGCCUGGCUUCCCUCAACGGACUGGAGGCCCACCUCCGGGCCGUCUCCUCGGCGGCCCCAGGUGCUGCGGGUCCUUACCUAUUCGCCCAUUAUGACUACAUCCAGAGCACUCUAACAACCAACGUGUCUGGCCGACCAGGGGGAGCCCCGGAGCACCCUUUUGUCCGAGCCACAUCGCUUCUCCACUCGCAUUUCUUUGACACCGAGACUCUGCAGGAGGCUAUUAUCAGGAGCGCGGGCACAGCCGUGUACGGGACCCGCAGCGUGGCGCAGGAGACCUACUUCCAGCAGCACGGGGCGUCCAUGCGGAACUCCGGCAUCCCCAACCAGCAGGACAGCGCGUUCUCGCUGCCCAGCAAGGCCCGGCACAGACUCCUAAAACACGGGGUCAACCUCUUAUGAACGGACGGCGACGCGGUGCCUGACCUCAGCACUCCGUCUAGAAAAAUGCAAAAAGAAGUUGGUGAAUCAAGACUUCAAAAGAUUCCCUUUGUCGCUGCUGAAGUAUCCUAUGCUGAUAGGAAAUUUACUGUUUUGAACCUUUAUUGCUGUCGUACAUGUUGGAAAGCUUACAGUGCCUUAUUCACUUUUUCCCCCCCACAUUACGACCAGAAACUUUAACGUCUUUAAUUUAUAUUUGAUUUAUGGGAUGGACCAGCACAAAGAAGUGCAUCGCUUUAAAGUGGAAGGAGAGAGAAAGAUGGUUUUAGAUUUGGUUUACCCAGAUACCUCCUUACCAGGGACAUUCAGAAGUGACCUGAAUAAAGUGAUAAUAGAGUCCACUGGUGUGUAAUAAGUGGCACCAUCAUGCUGAGGGGUGCUUUUCAUCAGCAGCAACAGGGAGGCUGGUCAGCGUUUUUCAAAAUAAAGAUGGAGGCUGCAAAAGACUUGAUACCGAGGCAGAGGUGAACCCUGAGAAAUGUAGUCAAAUCGAUCAGUUUGGAUCAAAGCAUGGGCAGGUUUUAAAACGGCCCAGUCAAAGUCUGGAACUAAAUCCAAUUGAGAAUCGGUGGGAAAACAUGAAAAUUGCACUUUUCAGACGCUCUCCGUCCAGUCUGAAUAAGCUGAAGCUGUAAACAAAUGCAUGCGCUGCAUUCCAGAUUCUUACUUGGUUUCUUGCUGUUGUACCAUGACAAACUGUGGAAAAAGGUCAAGAGGUGUGAAUACUUUUGCAAGGCACUGCAUCAGUCUUCUGGGGCUAAAUACUGUUUUCAAUGGGAUUUUUAGUUAUAUAUUGUUAUAUAGUGUUUUACUGUAAAAUUGUUUAUUUGGGCUCACUAUAUUUGCUUUUAUAAUGUUUAAGAAAUAAAUUUUUUGUCCCACAAUGGGGAAAUGUGGGACACAUUGUUCACCAGUUCCAACUAUCGUCAUGCUACUGAUAUUUUAUCUUCUUUAAUGCAGCAAAUAAUGUUGCUCUUGUAUUUUAUUUGCUUUAGCGCACACAUAAGGACUAAAGCAAUGUUGCCUUUGUAUCAUUGACUCAAAAAGAGGGUCAGUUGUAUUGCUUUAUUUUCACCUAUACCACAUAUGUUGUUAAUAAAAGGUGGAUAGAU